AGGUGCUGAUCGUUUGAGUGAUGCAUCUAGUGUGGCUCCUGCUGUUCAUAUUCGUUGGAGUUGAAGCUAAAGUUGGAAACUUUUCUCUUUCGGUUGUUCCCCAGUCCAUUGUGGCGACUUUCGGCGAACCGGUCACCAUUAGUGUUGAAGCAAAUGGCUACAUACCGAUUCCUUUCGAGCUUAAUUUUGGGUGGCCUCGACAGGAUGCUGUCCAAGUAUUGCCCAAUAGAACGAUCACCUUCGCCAACGGGUGGAAUAAUAAAACCUUCAGCUUGAUGCUGCAUCCGGUAAAGCAAGGUCGCUUCAUUAUCAAACCCACUGUCGAGCCGGUCGGAUUCGUCGACGAUAGCCGCCUGUUUGUUCUGAUGAAAGUUGCGAUGUACAAACCGCUGAUCCUCGUUUCACUGCUGAUCGGAUGGACGUAUACUGCUUGUUGGUCAGCCGGCUACUAUCCACAGAUCUGGCACAACUAUCGUCGGAAGAGUGUGGUUGGCUUAAGUUUCGACUUUUUGCACAUCAACAUCGUAGGGCACAUCUGCUACGUGGUGUUCAACGUGUUUCUCUACUGGAACAGUUACGUCGAGGAGGAAUACUACAGGAGGCAUCCACUGGGACUGAACCCGGUCAUUGGAAAUGACAUCGGUUUUGCUGCACAUGCCGUUUUCGGCACCGGAGUCACCAUCUUGCAGUGCCGUUUGUACUACAACGGUGGCAAUACAGUGUCCAUUCCUGCGAAAGUCAUCAUUGCACUGUUCCUGAUUACCAUAACCCUAUCAAUGAGCAUGGCCUCGCUCCGGUACAUUCACUGGCUGGACUUUUUGUACGUCAUGAGCUACAUCAAGCUUCUCACGACCAUGGUCAAGUAUUUUCCGCAAGCCUACAUGAAUUACUGCCGCAAAAGUACGGAAGGAUUCGAAAUUAUGAACCGAAUUCUCGACUUAGCUGGCGGGCUUUUUGGCAUAUUGCAAAUGCUGAUAAACGCGUGGAACUUUGAUGAUUGGGGGUCUAUCGGGGGCGAUCCAGUCAAGUUUGGACUCGGCAUCUUCUCCAUACUCUUCGACUUUGUAUUUAUUUUUCAACAUUACGUCCUCUACAGGAAGCCGAUACCUACAAAAGAUGUUAAUGUCCCAAUGCUGUUAAGUCCGGUAAAAGUAAUUGUUCCCUCGGAGUGAUCGUACAGAUAAAUUACAUCAGUGGACGAUGAGUAGGAAUUGGUUCGUUGUGUUUUGUAAGAAACUAAAAAUGGUUAUUAAAUGAAAUUUUUUUUCAUGUCUAUUAUCGAAAUUUUGCUUCUUUAGUAUGUUUGUAACAUACACUUAAAUGGCCAGAUCGGUGCGAAAUUGAUAGGAUAAAAAGGAUACAGGAAGAUAUAUGUUUUACAUAAAAAUUAAGCACAAUUAAGCAUUAAGCAGCACAUUAAGCAUGUAAUAAGAAAGACGAAUCAAGUUCCAUUUUACUUCGGCGUUGUAUUUGACAAUACUUUACAAUACACUUAUUUUUCACGCGUGCGCAUCUUGGUAGUUUGCUAUAUUUUCUAUUGUUACCGCAUGAAAUGCACAAUGCGCAUUGUUGCUUGCGUAGAGUUUAACGACUUCAUGUUUUAUAUACAUGUACGGUUAGAUGACACCAAUGAAUAUAAUUGCUAUUUUCGAGCACGAUGAUUGAUAUUUAGUGACAAGUUGUGGUAAUACAGUUUCUGAGCAGUUUCCACUUCCUGCGUCUUAGCUUAGCUUUCUGCUGUUAAAUAGGUAUAUUAUUGUCAACAAUUUAGCUCAAUUUUCGCACAUCUUGCCAAUAAACUCUUUUCUGGCGCGUUCACGAGCUCUGGAACUAACCUUUUCAAUUGCAACGAACUAGUUUCAUGUUGUUUAUACUCUAAUACCAUAGCAUGGAGGCCGUGUGUGCUUCCAAUAAUACGAUUGAAAUCAAACUGUAUGGAAGCUCUGUUAAAAUCAGCACUAACAUCGAACGACCAAGUCUUUUCCUAUAAUUUGAAUACGUUCGGCGCAAACCUGGUUUGCUUUUAAAUAUGUUUUUUUUGCUUAUACCUUUAGAAUAUACGAAGCCCACCAAUUUGUUUGCCAAUGUAAACCGAUAAUCAAUAUUCAAAUAAAUAGCCAGGAACAUCUGCUUUUGAGGCUGUCAGAGUGAUUCGAUGAAACCAUUGAUAUGUAAUUUUCGUUAGUACAACAAACAGAGCUUGAAACAUAAAUCAAAUUAGACAUAACGCUAGCACCUCAAAACGGGAGUUUCCUUAAAAAUUGUCGAUCAAUACCGAUCUUGUUUUCUGCUUUCGCUUUCCGCUUAUUAUAGUCUUGAUCUGAACACUGUUUUUUCCGUAUGACUGUCGUUUGUGAUUUGUUUUACAAUGAUGUCUCGAAAGAUCGUUACCAAUUAACAUAAAACGCAAUGUAUUCCUCUGUUUCUGUGGCUACGGUUUUCGCGUUCGAGAAUCACAAAAUCAAUGUUUGAAGUCACGCAAGCACACAGCUGAUAAAGCAAGAAUUUCUGGCUAACCAAUUUAAGGACCAUCAACAGCUCAAAAUGCCUAGGCUUGACAUUUUGCACCACUCUCUUCGUUAUACUUAUAUUCGACGCAGAGCCACCACUGAAUCAAAUGACUAUAAUCUACGAAACAAUUAAAAAGAAACACAAUUCAACAGCCUUUGCAACAAGGAAGAACGAAAGGAAUGCACGGUGUGUUUGAAGUUAAAAACCGCAAGACAUUAAUCCUGGUUCGUCAUCUCGUGUAUAAUGCGGGUUAGUGUAUAUGGCGAGUGGAUCGAAGGACCAAUUUCCAGCGAUCGCAUGAUGCAUACAUGUUUAAACCUGAGCAGAUUUGGUCUUUCCUACGACCAUGAGCAUUUUCUGUAGGAAUCUCGU